UGCUCUUGGAUUGGUUAGCAAAUACCUUUCAAAAACAGUGCGCGGGUGUACUGUUUCCAUGAUUGUUGAGGAUUUGAAUCUUUUAACUUUUGCGAGUUUUGCAGCUGCCGUGCUCUUACAAAGUUGUUAUUAUGGGUAGCAAGUCUGUUUUUUAUCUCCUGUAAGUAAACGUGUUGCUACAAAGGCCCACUGCUCGAACUAUCAACAUGAAAUGUUUGAAAGUGGAAGAGUACAUCAAGCGGACUGCUUCUGUGAAAGAGACUGAGCUUUUACUUCAGGAACUAGAGAGUUACGUGAAGAGUCGACCAAGCCUGCAGGCCCGCACACUGUGUGACAGGGUCAUCAGAGCCUGUAACCAUCAACUUGGUGUUGGAUCCCCUGACUUUGACCAUGUCCGUCACUUGGUACAGCUGGUGGAACUUUCCCUACAUGGCUAUGAUAAUUCUGCAGCACUUGUUGCUCAGAGCAGUCCUCUGUACAUGGAAAAGAUCAUUUUCCAUAUUGUCAAGAAGCUAACCUCUCUUGAAGCUCACAGUCUAGGCAGCCAAAUAGCUGGGUUGCUUUACAGCAGGCUUAACCCAGCACAACAGGACGAAGACUACUAUAUUCUUGUGCGGAGCUGCUUCUCAGUGCUCUGGAAUGGACUAUCAGCCACCAAAGACCGGAAAAUCAUGAAUCCCUGUGACAAACUCCAAUGCCAGAUGAAAGCUCUGAGCUUCCUCCUGUUGUUGGACACAGAAGGUGCAAUUCCUUCUAUCUCCAAAUCUCCCAUAUACGCAGAGGAUGCCAUCACUGAAUUUGAAAGUAGCUGUGAAGUGAAAACAGAGGACGAAGCUGAUUUCCUUGUCCAGGAAAUGCACAUGCUUUUCAGCAGAUGCUGGACUGGUGUUCAAGGCUAUAAAGAGGACGGGUCCAAACAGUCUGUUGAGACAUCACGUUUAUGUGUGUUUUCUGAAAUGGUGCUGAUUAUAGUGAAAGUGCUUUGUAAAGCCAGCCACUAUGAUCUGGCCUCCAGCUUUGUGAAUGAAUUUGAGAGGAAGGUCAGAGACCGUGCUGACUGUCAUUGUACACCCGUAGCGCUCAGCAAAUUGGCAAUAAAAAUUCAUUCUGCAAUGAAGGCUGGAAGAGAGAUUGGCCAGGCUUUGACAGAGUGUGCCAGGAUCUUGAGGUCUCUUUCGGCUGACCUGCGGGACAGAGAAGCUCAUGCAGUUCUUGAAGGUUGCAGACUGGUUGUGUGGGCUGUUGAAAGUGGCCACAGCAAGGAGUUAAGUGGACCUGUGCUCCUGGCUUGGUUUUCUUUUCUUGAGGAACACCAGGAACAGAUAUUAAAGAUAUUAAAGAAGAAUUCGAUCUGCCAGGCUGAGGGCAGCAGACUGCAACAGGCCCUUUGCUUCAGUAUUUACCAAGGAUUCAUAUUUGCUUAUGAGAGCAUGCUUGCAUCACAGCUUGAGAGCAGUGACACACUGGACAGGGUGCUGCUGUACUGCCAGGCCACAGCUGGGCUGAUGAUGACUGAACUACAUAAACUGUCGAGUGACAACCUUCACGUCAAAGCAGUGAUUGCUGUGAGCAACUUGGCUUGUGGAUUGUACAAUCGGCGUCUCUAUGACCAGGCCUUCACGCUAGUUGAGAUCCUCUGCAGGGAUCUAUGCAAGUCUUGCCCUGUCUCACUCUCUGUUGAUAGGUUGAGCCGGCCCUUCAUGCUGGCUGUGCAGACUUCACGUCGUGCCGGGCAACUGGAGCGAGCACUGGACUGGGUGAUUCUUUGGCUGAAGGCUCUGGGAGACAACAUCACCACCCAUAUGGCUGAACCAGUCUCUCUGUGGGUGAAAACAAAGACUGACGCAGCCCGCAACUCUGAGGAGGACAUUCGUCUCAGGACAUUACGUGAUGGUUUUGGUCCCGACGCCCCUGAUGAGCAAGUAAUGCUUUGCCUUUUGGAGGAAGAGCUACGUGCCUAUAAGGAAGUGGCGGGGGACACUGCCCAGGAGCGUUACAACACUCUUUGUGAUCUGCUGGACAUCUGCCACGAGGAGAGCUCUCACACCCAUCUGCGUGCUGUCUACCUCUGUGAGAUGGCUCAAGUUGUGUGUUACCAGGAUUUCAGUGAACAGACUGACUGCACAGCAGCUGAUUUUACCCAUGAAGCUUUACGGCUGCUUGAAGAACAACCAGUGACUUCAGAGAAUGCUGAUAGGCUGAAGGAUGACAAAGCCCAUGCUUUACUUUGGAACUAUAUCUGCACUCUUGAGAAGAAUCUUCAAGAGGCCAUUGAAAGGGACAAAAAACAGAGGGAGUUGCGUGAACAGACACAGUGUGUGGCCAAUUCCAUAGGAACCAAUGAUUUUGAUUAUGAAGACAAGCAGAAGACACAAGACAGCAUCCUGGUCUAUGAAGGCUUGCAUUUCAACCUGGCUGAAGAGAACAAGUUGUGCAAGCCUUUGGAAAGAGCCCUGGAAGAGUGGUCCACUCUUCUGCAAAGUCAAGUCCUGCCUUCUGUCAGGAACCCUAAACAGACCUGUGGCUCUAUCGCUGUGCUGGCGGCUCUCUUCAAACUCAUGGGAAAGCCUCUGAAGGCUUUGGAAGCACACCAACUUGUGAUAGGACUUUCACGGCAACUUGCUGAUGCCCACAGAUGUGCCAGCUCCCUCUGUCAGUCAGCCAGUAUCCUCCUGGAUAUUGGCACACCUGAGCUAGCUUUGGCCCAGCUUGAACAAGCAGAAAAGUUCCUCACUGCAGUUUCCACUUCUGAGGGACCAUCUUCUCUCUCUAUGCUGGCCAUUCUCUUAAAAGCUCAGUACUGCUACAGCACAGGGCAGGUGGAUCUUGGGUUGCCUUAUCUGUGUGAAGUGCUUAAAGAAGUGAAUGAGCAGAGGCAGUCAAAGAGCUGGUAUCUACUGCGUGCUCGGACCCUUCAGACCUGCAGCUCCUAUCUGAGUUUGGACACGACUGCACUGCCACAAGCCCAGCGACGCUGUAUCACACAGCAUGGUAUGAACAGCCCAGAAACUGCCCUGUAUGAAAGUCUGAAGCUUCUCUGCAGCCUCCUGGUCACUUUAGUGGGAAAGGGCCUAUAUGGGACUAACAGUAGCGGUUCAGAUGUCCGCUUCAUCGACCAAGGAGAUAACUUGAUGCUGAAAUGGCAGCUGCUCUCAGAGCUAUUAAACUGCUCUAUGAAGAUGGUCGCUGUGAGGAGCAGCUGUGGGGCCAUCAAUGAUGCCAGGCUCCAGUGCCUGGAAGCUCUCAAACUGGCCAUCAAGCUGCAAGCCCCAAACCAAUGUGCUGAGCUGCUGGUGAUGAAAGCUGAGUUGGAGCUUAUGCAGGGGGAGAGAGAGGAAAGUGGAAUUGAUUUAGACAAAGUCAGACACCUUCUGGAGUUUUGCACAGAUUUUUCUGAUCAAGCACAUAAGACAGAAGUGAAAAUCAAACCCAGGAAAGGUCGUCCAGUGAAGAAAUCUCAGUCUCCUCUUCCUACUACAGAGGAUGAUUUUAAGAGCAUCCUGAGCAGUAGGUGGAUUGCCAAAGAACCUGUAGUGAGGGAUUUGGCCAGCUCCCCGCCUCUCAAAUCCCGGCCUCGCCGCUGGCUCUCCUCCCUUGCUCAUGACUCUAACUGCCAGUGCCCCUGCUGCUCUGAGCCCUACCUGGGCCAUGCCACUGCUCGCUGGGCAGCUACACAGGCUGAUCUGGUUCUCCAGCUGGAUCCCAGUGAAGCCAGAGUCAGUUUGAAACUUCAGUGGGCAACAUUAGCUCGUUGUAAGAGUGUUUCUGUCAAACUUGGGGCAAAAUUGGCUGAGCUGUUCCCUCCCUGUGGCCCUGCAAAAGUCUUCUCUAAACCCGCCCUGAUGCAGGAUGUGGUGGGCCGUGUGUACCUUUGCAUGGCGCUGUCUGGGCUGGAACCAAGGCAUAGCAAGGUCUAUAAUAUAUCAAAAGUGUUGGAGGCUGGCCUAGCAUUUGUUGAUUCUACACUCUCCCCUGUGCUAAGACCUGUGAGAGCAGGUCUAAUGGUAACCAAAGCCAUAGUGUCAUUGGUUACUUUGGCUGCCAAAAAAGACUGCACCCCAGAGGAGCUCUUCUCAGAUGCUUGGACUUGGAAGCCAUCAAAAAUAGAAAAAGAGCUGAAAUCAGAACAGAAAAAUGUGCCUCCUACAUCCUGGACCAAAAAGCCUAAAGAGUCCACGAAAAACCCAGAUAUUCCCAUCAAUACAAAGGAGACAAAGAAGGACAAGCUUGUUAAGCCCAAGAUUCAUGUGACGAGCUCUUCAACCAAAGCAAAGGGUCUGGUUCCCAUGACACCAGUGAUGGUUAAAUCAAAACCUUCUGAUAGGGACCUUGGCUGUUUUGACUUCAACACAGUGGUCCCUACUUUGGCCUGUACUCCUGUUCAGAAGGUGAAAGCACCUGCCUCAGUGCAGAAAGCACCGAGAACAGCUUCUAAGCUACAGUUUCAUGUGUAUGAAGAGUUGUCACCAGCUCAAGACAAAGCCCGGCCUGUACCUGCUGCCCCCAGACGAACAAAGAAAUCCCGAUUCAAGGUGGAGUUUAGCGAUGAGAGUGACACAGAAGUCAGUACCCAGACAGAGCCCAAAGAUAAAACAGAUGUCCGUCAAAAGCGAACUACUGCAAGAAGAGCUGCCCAGAACAGUAAAACAGCCUCUGAUCCGCCCAUGAAGAAGGUCCCACCCAAGAGGCAGACCAAGGCUAAGAAGAGCACUGUAUUGCCCCCAGCCACCUCCUCUGAGGAUGACGAGACUUUGGUGUGCCAGCCUGCCUUGACAAGGAGAGGAAGACCUAGAAGGGAGCUGUCCAGGCUCGAGGCAGAUUCAGUGGAGGAGCCAGACAAAAUGAGAACCAUUGAGGAAGAAACCACCGAAGUUCUGGACAUAAGCAUUGAGCAGCUUAGGACAUCAGACACUGAGACUGAAGGCAAUCCUGCUCCAAGUGAAGAUAUUGACAUAGAUUUUGAGGUGCUGCGGAGAGAUAUGUGCUGUGAUUUGGAGAGAGACGACCUGGCUGAGCUGAGGAACAGAGGUCAUCUGAGAGAGGGUUCACAAACCCACCUUACUCAUUCAGGUACCAGGCCAGACAGUCUCUCUAGGGAAGAUGUUCAGUCGUUACUCCGCUCAGCCUGGUUGGCCCUUAAGCACUUCCCAUCCCCUACCAUCUACAACACAGUCUGUGCUCUUCUGGCUUUGACCAUGGGGCAGCAGGAUCCCACAACUACAGCAAUGCUGCAUGUCCAGUCUUUGGGCAUCACAAGUCGCCAUCGGACCCUCAGGCAUUUAGCCAGUUGUCUCAAAAAGCGUAGAAAGGAGGCCAGUGAACUAGCAGACAAGAUGGAUGCUCUGAGUCUGGAUGAGCUCAGUUCAGACAAGUCCAAGAACUCUACCGAACAGAUGCUGUCGCAGUUGGAGAGCAUCUUCUCCUUCUCUACUCUGGACUCCUCGACUUUCCCCAGCAGCCACUGUCAAGAGUUUAUCCAGCAUAUUCAGCACCUUCCCCAAGGGGUGACAGUGUGUGUGAUGUCUGUGUUUGGUGUAAAACCCGGGGAGAUGGGUGACAGCAUCCUACUGUCACGUCUUGAUAGAGGAUCCACCCCGGUCACGGUUCACAUCCCCACAUCUAAACAGCAGCACCCCAUUAGUUGGCUGGUGCAGGAGAUGGAUAGUAUUCAGGUGGAACAGAAGGUUGUGAGCUGCGUGUCUGAGAAAGCCAAGUGGUGGGAGGGCCGCAGGGCACUCGACUCUCGAGUUGAGCGACUGUUAAAGGAGAUGGAGGGAUUGCUGGGAUGCUGGAGGAGUUUUCUUCUACCCCCUUCUCUGGAUCCUGAGCUCUCCAAACAGACCAAACACCUUUGCAAGUCCUUGUGUGCCAAGGGAGUGACAGUCAGUGAGGAAAUGUUGAAUGCUGUGCUGUCCGCCUCUCCUGUGCUCUCCCAAGAGGACCUUAAACAAUUUGCUCUGGGAGUUUCACCACAGUGGGACACGGAGUGUGACCAGCUUCUCCACACAGCUGUGUCCCGGCUCACUGAAAGACUCGAGCCCCACAGUCACGUUGUUCUCAUCCUGGACAAGUAUCUUCAGAAGCUGCCAUGGGAGAGCAUCUCCAUCUUAAGAUCUCGCUCUGUCAGCCGGAUGCCUUCUCUGCACUCACUGAUUGGACUGAGCAUUCAGAAAGAGACUGACUCUCAGUCCAUUCUGAAGCAAGGUGUGGAUACAAAGCAGGUAUUUUAUGUGCUGGACCCUGAUGCCAAUUUAGGAAACUCCCAAGACCGAUUCAAGGAGUGGUUCAGCAGUAAACUGGACUGGGGGGGUGUGUGUGGAGCUGCUCCCGACUCCGGUCAGCUGGAAGAAGCUGUCGCGACCAAGGAUCUCUACAUUUACGUGGGUCACGGAGCAGGCGCACGUUUCCUGGACAGCCAGGCAGUCCUAAGGCGUCAGAUGAGGGCGGCCUCUCUGCUCUUUGGUUGCAGCAGUGCCGCUCUGGCAGUGCGUGGGGAUCAAGAAGGACAAGGCAUCAUCCUCAACUACCUCAUAGCAGGAUGCCCCUUUGUUUUGGGAAACCUGUGGGAUGUGACGGAUCGGGAUAUUGAUCGCUUCACUAAAGCGUUGCUAGAGUCCUGGUUUUCUGCUGGGUCUGGCGCUCCCCUCCUGGAUUAUAUGGGCUCAUCACGUCAGGCCACACACCUGAAACACCUCAUCGGAGCUGCACCUGUGGUCUAUGGAUUACCAGUUCACCUGCAGUAGGUGGUCCGAUAAGCCAAAGGUCUUCUAAAAAGAAGACGUAAACAAUCUGUACUCUAAGUGUUAUACUUUCAGCUCACACGCUGGAAGACAUGACUUUAACUUGAAUUUAAUCCUUGUUUUUGCAAGAUUAAAGUUUCCUUUAUUUAAAUCAA